AUGCCUUCAAAUCUAGGUGUUGUUGAGAUUCCCGCGCUCGCCAAGGUGACAGGGGACCUAUACAACCAAUGCCAGAUCAUCGCGAAGCAUGCUCCUACAGGAUUCCAAAAGCUAGUGACUAAGCUGAGAUUGUUACAAGGAACUUUGAACACCUUUGCCGACGAUGUGAACUCCAACGCAUCCUUCUUCGAAAAGAUGGAUAAUGAUCGCAAACAGACGUUCGAACGGACCCUCGGCACUUGUCUGGCGACCCUACAGCGAUUGAAAGAGAUCCUUGCCAGGUUAAAAGGGUUUGAAACUGGCUAUGGCAAGGUGUUCUGGCAAAAGAUCAAAUGGGCGACACAACGAACUCAGAUUGAAGAUAUCAGAUCCAGGAUCAUGGUGCAAACUUGCAAUCUAAGUCUAUGUAUAAGCUAUAUAGGAAAUGCCUUGCUUGCUCGCAUAGAGAAAGCAAUGGUUCUGGCGAUGGAAGAGGGUGAACAGGUUGUUAUCAGCACAGAGUCAUCACCUGUUCGGGAUACAGACUCUGUUGUCUCGCCGAUAAGCCCGGCUCAGGGUGUGGUGGAGCUACCAGCUAACAAUGAAGAAGAAUGCGAAAUCGAUAUAAUCCAGGAAGUUCGCGCCAGAAUAAGAUGA